GACGCGCAUUGCUCAAAAGAGUUGAGCGAGCUCUGGAACCAAAACAUCAGGAUCAAGAUCAAGAGGUUGACAAGCAGACACAGGCACAGCCAAAGCAGCACACCUUAAGGCACGUUCAACUGGAUUAUAAUCAUAUUUAGGGCUUGUCUUUCAGCCAAAAUAAUGAACCCUGUUUACAACCCUGCACAACCAGGGGUCCCCUAUGCCAACCAAAAGGGUAUUGCCUACCCAGCUGGGUUUCCUGUUGGAUAUGCCCCAGCAUACACUCCCGGUUUGUAUCCAGGGGCCAACCCAGCCUUUCACCCAGGCUACGCUGCACCGUUUAAAAUGUCUCCCAGCACGGGCGCGGUUCCCCCUUACUCCACGGCACACAACCCCUACCAUGCAGCCGUCUACCCCAUGAGGAACACCUACCCCCAGCAGAACCCCUAUGCACAGGCACUGAUGCCAUCACAACAGCAAGGCGCUUAUUACACACAGCCGUUCUAUGCCCCGCAACCACAUGUCAUCCAUCACACGACAGUGGUACAACCCAAUGGCAUGCCGGCUACCAUGUAUGCCCCUCAAAUCCCCCAGCCCCGCCAUAAUGGUGGCGUUGCCAUGGGGAUGAUGGCCGGGACUACCAUGGCCAUGUCAGCCGGAACUUUGUUGACCACCCAUUCUCCAGCUGGGGUCCAGCCCCACCAGGUCACCUACCGCCCACCCGGCACUCCCACCUACAGUUACGUGCCACAACAGUGGUGAAUGAACAGUAGAGUCACAGAAUCGUAGAUAUGUAUUCACACACUCUUUUUUUUUUUUUGGGGGGUAAAGACCUGAAGUUCCAGUGUCCUAUACCAGUUGAUUUUCUACCAGCAUAAUGUGAGCCAGAAUCACAGUCAUGUGCCCUCUAACCGGGCUGAUGAAGAGGCCCACAGCCACGGCCGUAGCAGGCGGAGAGAUGGCUGCUAAUCUUAUGGCACUAUAUAACCUGCUGCAUAUCAUCCCAGAUCUCCAUGCUCACUGACCUACUGUUUUUAUUGGAGGUUUUCUAAGUGGAUCUUUUAAAUAAAAAAAGAGCGCUUGGAUUAAUAUUAUUUUGGUUUUCAGAUUCAUAUACCCUUUACCAUGUUGGAUGCAUGUGUGUGUGUAUAGGUAUAUGCAGUUAAUGCUUGUUCAACUUCCCUUCUGUGGCAGAUGCAAAAGCAACAAAAGGCCUAAAUCCAAAGGAACUAAGUAAUACAAUAAGUCACAGAAAUGCCAAGGGUCAAAUGCGAACGUGAGACAAGGAAUGAUUUGCUCAUUUAGUGCGAUAAUGUGUCUGGAGAAAAGAGUCCUCGCUGUCACUCUUAGUGAUGGCAGGUGUGUGGAUCCUCCCUGCAGGAUGCCAUAUUAUGCAUUUUGUCGCAUCUUAUAUAUUUAUUUUACUAUUUUAGGAAUGAUGGAAGUUGGAGUUUGUGCCUGCUCUUGUUAAUGCCCAUUCUGAAACAUUAUCUGACUUUUUUUUUUUUUUUUCGAUUCGUUUUGAUUAUUUAUAUUUGUAUUGUGGAUCUUCAAUGUUGCCUCAGUCACCUGAGUUCAGUUGUUAUGUAUGUUGUUAUUUUGGUUCUUGUUUUGUAUUGUAAAGACCAAAAAUAGAAUAAAAAUUACACUUACCAAUAAUUAUAUUAAACUGUUCAACCAUU